CAUAAACACCUUAUCUUAUACAGAGGCACUCCUUUGUACUGCACGUUAACAAAACAACAUUCUUGAACUUCAGAUAUUUGAACUUAUUACGCAUAUCUGGGAUAUUGAUAUCGAAAGAUUUUAAGAUGAAGAAGUUGGCAUUGGCGUUAUUAUUGGUAGGGAUAAGUCUUACAGAAAGCGCCGUUGAAAAUCCAGAUUGGGAAACAACACCAGAAUGGUCGUUCCAGGUCUAUCUAAACGAGGAUGCUCAUUUAAAAUGUAAUGACUCUGAUGUAAUGUUAAUGCUUAACGAUGAAGUGCACUGGAAGCUUCCCGAUGAUACAGAAGUUCAUGGAUGGUCCGACCGGAACACAACCAAACACGAGUUAAUGGACCUGAAUGGCGUUAAAGGAGCUACACUUCGUAUCAAGAAUGUACAGCAUAGUGACAGCGGUCUCUACUUCUGCUCAAUAUCUCGAGGUGGUGUGUUUUUGAAGAGGGUUAACCGAGGUCUCAAUUUGCAUGGAUAUUUAGUUCACGAUCAGUUUGACUUGUACCAGACCAAUUUGGUAACAGCUGUAGUCGCUGCGGUUGUUUUCUGUGUUCCUCUUCUCUUUCUCUGUUUUCUGUACCGUUAUCAAUAUCGUACUCCACAACAGAAACAGAGGAGAAAGGAGAAAGAAGCUUAUUUUACAGAUUUGCAAAAAGCCAUUCAGAAUGACGAGGCUUUUCCAACUAAACCAUCUCGAAAUGGUUAUGAAAAUCAGGCCUAUAUAGAUACACAUUUAUAGAUUAUACACUCGCUAAAGUAAAACCUAAUACUUCUUUCUAUUAUCUUAAUCGUCAGAAGAUCUCAAUUAGGCUUCUAAAACGCCUUUAGUUUACAAAUCAAUUUUAUGCAGAACACGUAAGGCUGUAGUUUUAUGAACAUGAGAUAAAUGCAUGAAUCAAUGUAUUAUCCCGUCCAUAAAAGUUUGAUCUCGCUCGUCAAAUAAAGAUAUUUUUGAUUCCAUUCAUAGAGUUAUCAAAUAACAUAUUACAUCGUAUUCAAUCGUGCGCAUUCCCUAGCCUCCCAUAUACUUUAUAGUUAUUUCAUGACGUAUGUACCAACAGAAUCUCAAUUUAUUUUAAAUCGUUUUAAAUCAAAUUGCUAUGAAAUACGUUCAUGGGCGUAAAUCAGAGAGCUCAUAUACGGUUAACUUAUAAUAUACUCAUACAUUUUAUGUGUUUAUAAAGAUUACAUUCCGACUAAUGGAGAACAUGAUAAUCUUGCCAUUUUUGUAUUGCACAUCUGUGAUUCUUAAUAAUGAUAUUCAGAUGAAAGCUAAUGCUUAUCUUAAUAGAUUGUACAAAUGGCUUUUAAUCUAUAGAUAACUUAGUAGUUUAGAGUAUACACAAUUUCAAUUGCAUAAAAUGUGUAUAGGAAUCCGGUCGACUGGCGGUUCAGAAAAUCUUAACGAAUUCGUUGCAGUCUAAAUGGACGAAAAAAAGUAACAAACUGCGAUAAACUGGAUGGUCGAUCUCGUACAAUCCUACAUUGGUCCACUCCGGUCGGUCAUAGCAUGUGGUUAUGGAUCAGAUUCUUCCACAUACCACCUGUUGCUACCAGUAGUUGAUGUUGCUUUUAGGUUCAGCAAGGUCGAUUUGGGUCCGCCAUAGUUUUAAUAUACAUAACUUGUAGAAUUUAUAAUUUUUGUGAUAUCAAGUUUUAUCAAUUGUUUACUUAUAUAACGUAAUCUAUAUUUUAUAAUGUUUUAUCAUGUACGAUAUUAAUAUUCUUUAAUAAACCACAUUUUAUUAUCAU